GAACAGAAAUUUCCCAAUCUGUGGUUAGAAGACCCAGCCCCCUGUACUGAGGAAAUGCCCAGUAACUUUCAUUUUCGAUACUGUGCUCCUUCAAGGCAGUAGGAAGAUACUAAGCUUAUUAUCUAUGGCUGAAGACGAACACAACAAAAACCCACUUAAGAUGUUGGAAUCUUUGGGCAAAGAACUCAUUUCUGGCCUUUUGGAUGACCUUGUGGAAAAAAAUGUCCUGAAAUUGGAGGAAGAGGAGAAGAAAAAAAUUUAUGAUGCCAAACUUCAAGACAAAGCCCGGGUCUUGGUUGAUUCUAUACGACAGAAAAACCAAGAGGCAGGUCAAGUCUUUGUUCAAACUUUCCUAAACAUAGACAAAAAUUCCACCAGUAUAAAAGCUCCUGAGGAAACUGUGGCUGGACCAGAUGAGUCAGCGGGAUCUGCAGCUACCCUCAAGCUUUGCCCUCAUGAAGAAUUCCUGAAACUGUGUAAAGAAAGGGCUGGCGAGAUCUACCCAAUAAAGGACAGAAAGGACCGCACUCGUCUGGCUCUCAUCAUAUGCAAUACAGAGUUUGAUCAUCUGCCUCCCAGGAAUGGGGCUGCCCUUGACAUCCUUGGAAUGAAGCAGCUGCUUGAGGGUCUUGGCUACACUGUGGAAGUGGAAGAGAAACUCACAGCCAGCGACAUGGAAUCAGUGCUGUGGAAAUUUGCUGCACGUGAAGAACACAAAUCCUCAGACAGUACAUUCUUGGUGUUCAUGUCUCAUGGCAUCCUGGAUGGGAUCUGCGGGACUAUGCACAGUGAGGAAGAACCAGAUGUGCUACCUUAUGAUACCAUCUUCCGGACAUUCAACAACCGUAAUUGCCUCAGUCUAAAGGACAAACCUAAAGUCAUCAUUGUCCAGGCCUGCAGAGGUGCAAAUCGUGGGGAAUUGUGGGUCAGUGACUCUCCAGCAGCCUUGGCAGACAGCUUUUCACAGUCAUCUGAGAACCUGGAAGAGGAUGCUGUUUACAAGACUCAUGUAGAGAAGGACUUCAUUGCUUUCUGUUCCUCAACUCCACAUAAUGUGUCCUGGAGAGACGUCAAAAAAGGUUCUCUCUUCAUUACACGACUCAUCACAUGCUUCCAAAAAUAUGCUUGGUGCUGUCAUCUUGAGGAAGUAUUUAGGAAGGUACAACAAUCAUUUGAAAAACCAAAUGUUAAAGCCCAGAUGCCCACUGUUGAACGACUUUCUAUGACAAGAUAUUUCUACCUCUUUCCUGGCAACUGAAAAUAAAAAUCACAGGAAAUUCAACCAUUUAUCAGCUUCAAGAAGCAUUUUUAUCAGCACAGCAUCCAUGUUUAACCUUUUGUCUUUCAAUUAAAGUGAAAACAUAUGAACUGUUCUUUGGGGUCCUCUAAGAAAGAAUAGAAUUUCAAUUAAAACAGUGGAUGGAUGGAAAUAAAGUAGAAGAAGAAAACUGGAUUUUCUAGUUAUAUUGCAUAUAAUGCCUGCACUUUACUGAGUGAAGAGAACUAGUCAUUACUUGCCCUCAGCAGCAGGGUGAAAGGAGAUGGUGCACAUCUGGAGACAAGGACCAAAAACUGGGUCACCUCCUCCUUUGAUAACUCAUCAAACCUUGCAACUAGAAUGAUUUGGAAGAAUAUUUCUAAUUUAUUAUUUAACCAACAUCAUAGGUCAAGUUCAAUUUUUUUUCAGAAAGUUGUUAUGGUACCUAUGCAUCUUUCUUCUUAUCCAUAAAUUAAUUUGCUUUCUUGUUGAUGAUUUUUCAUUCCAGAUUUCCAAGCUUCAGGAAAAUUUUGUUAUUUAACAAACACUUGGUAAUUGUCUAAAAUAAAUUGGGCCUUUGAUUUAA